AAUCUUCACUGACGGCGCAUGAAUGUGCUUAGUGGGAAUAGAAACUGAAGUAUUGAUUGCGACCGGUAUGUUUUGUGUUAUACCUGCCCAGGGCGUGGUUUGGGGCGCGGGAGCAGGACUGUUAACUGGGCAAAUACAGUUUGGUUAAAAGCAUCUUUGCUGAAGGGCUGUCAGGACUAAUGGCUGUAGAGUGACCAACCAUGGCUGUGAUGGUCCCUCCAGUGAAACUGAAGUGGUUGGAGCACCUCAACAGCUCAUGGAUUGCAGAAGACAGCGAGAAUGUUUCCACCAGAGAAGGAGUCGCCAUCUUGUAUGCCAAGCUGCUUGCCAAUAAAGAAGUAGUCCCCUUACCACAGCAGGUAUUGUGUCUGAAGGGGCCUCAGCUACCAGACUUUGAAAGGGAGUCAUUGUCUAGAGAUGAACAGGAGCACUACUUAGAUGCACUUCUCAGCAGCCAGCUGGCCCUGGCAAAGAUGGUGUGCUCUGACUCUCCAUUUGCUGCUGCACUCAGGAAACGCCUCCUUGUCUUGCAACGUAUUUUUUAUGCACUUUCCAGUAAGUACCAUGAUAAGGGCAAAGUUAAGCAGCAGCAACAUUCACCUGAAAGCAGUUCAGGAUCUACUGAUGUACAUUCAGUCAGUGAACGCCCUAGGUCGAGUACAGAUGCACUCAUAGAAAUGGGAAUCCGAACUGGUUUAAGUCUUUUAUUUGCACUACUCAGGCAGAGUUGGUUAAUGCCUACCACUGGACCAGGACUUAGCCUCUGCAAUGAUGUACUUCAUACAGCUAUAGAUGUUAUCAACUCUUUGCCACCCUUAUCUUUAGCAAAUGAAAGUAAAAUUCCUCCAAUGGGAUUAGACUGUUUAUCGCAGGUGACUACCUUUCUUAAAGGGAUGACCAUGCCUGGCUCUGGGGCAGAUACUCUAGGGCGUAGAUUGGCUUCAGAAUUGUUGCUUGGUCUUGCAGCUCAGCGAGGUUCUCUGAGAUAUCUUCUUGAGUGGAUUGAAAUGGCACUGGGUGCUUCAGCAGCAGUUAGUGUUGUGAACAAAAACAAAGUGCCACAGAACCAAGAGGGAAUGAUUGGCUAUGACUGUUUUAUGAACAUUUUAUUACAAAUGAGGCGUUCUUUGGGUUCAUCUGCUGAUAGAAGCCAAUGGAGAGAGCCUACCAGAACAGCUGACAACUUGUGUUCUUUGUAUGAGGCUGCACUGUGCCUUUUUGAAGAGGUUUGCCGCAUGGCUUCUGAUUAUUCUCGGACCUGUGCAAGUCCUGACAGUAUACAGACUGGUGACACCCCUUUGGUAACAGAAACAUGUGAAGUGUAUGUAUGGGGAAGCAACAGUAGCCACCAGCUUGUGGAGGGCACUCAAGAAAAACUUCUUCAACCCAAACUGGCUCCAAGUUUUGCUGAUGCACAGACAAUUGAAGCUGGACAGUACUGUACAUUUGUCAUUUCUGCUGAUGGGUCUGUCAGAGCCUGUGGGAAAGGAAGUUAUGGCAGACUUGGACUCGGAGACUCCAAUAAUCAGUCAACUUUGAAGAAAUUGACUUUUGAACCUCAUAGAGCCAUUAAAAAAGUGUCCUCUUCAAAAGGGUCUGAUGGUCAUACCCUAGCUUUUACUACAGAAGGUGAAGUGUUCAGCUGGGGUGAUGGUGACUAUGGAAAGCUUGGACAUGGAAACAGCUCAACACAGAAGUAUCCCAAACUGAUACAAGGCCCUCUUCAGGGAAAGGUGGUGGUGUGUGUGUCUGCUGGGUACCGACAUAGUGCUGCAGUGACUGAAGAUGGAGAGCUGUAUACAUGGGGGGAAGGGGACUUCGGAAGACUGGGUCAUGGGGACAGCAAUAGUCGCAACAUUCCUACUUUGGUGAAAGACAUCAGCAAUGUUGGAGAGGUGUCCUGUGGAAGCUCUCACACAAUAGCUUUGUCCAAAGAUGGAAGAACUGUGUGGUCCUUUGGAGGUGGAGAUAAUGGCAAAUUAGGCCAUGGUGAUACCAACAGAGUAUACAAACCAAAGGUUAUUGAAGCUCUUCAAGGAAUGUUUAUCAGGAAGGUGUGUGCUGGGAGCCAGUCUUCACUUUCCUUAACAUCAACAGGGCAGGUGUAUGCAUGGGGCUGUGGUGCUUGUUUGGGUUGUGGUUCUUCAGAGGCAACUGCUCUUAGACCCAAGAUGAUUGAAGAGUUAGCCACUACAAGAAUUGUGGAUAUUUCUAUUGGAGACAGCCAUUGUUUAUCUCUAUCUCAUGAUAACGAGGUCUAUGCUUGGGGUAAUAACUCCAUGGGUCAGUGUGGUCAGGGUAAUUCUACUGGUCCCAUUACUAAACCAAAGAAAGUGAGUGGCCUUGAUGGAGUAGCAGUGCAGCAGAUCUCAGCUGGAACUUCUCACAGCUUGGCUUGGACAGCACUUCCCAGAGACAGGCAAGUGGUUGCCUGGCACAGGCCAUAUUGUGUUGAUCUUGAAGAAAGUACAUUUUCUCAUCUGCGCUCCUUCCUGGAACGAUACUGUGAUGGAGUAAUCAAUGAGGACCCACCUCUCCCUUUUCCUUCAUCAAGAGAGCACCACAACUUUCUGAAAUUGUGUCUGAAGUUACUUUCCAACCAUCUAGCUUUGGCUUUGGCAGGGGGUGUAGCAACUAGCAUCCUUGGACGACAGGCCAGACCACUUCGAAACUUGCUUUUCAGACUGAUGGAUGCUUCUGUACCUGAUGAAAUCCAAGAGGCAGUUAUGGAGACUCUUUCUGUUGGGGCUACCAUGCUUUUACCCCCUUUGCGAGAAAGAAUGGAGUUGCUGCAUUCUCUUUUACCUCAGGGACCUGACAGGUGGGAGAGCCUGUCAAAAGGACAGCGUAUGCAGCUGGAUAUUAUUCUGACUAGUCUUCAAGAUCACACACAUGUGGCCUCCUUGCUAGGAUACAGUGCUCCUUCUGACACUGCAGAAACUUCAACUACAGGUUUGAGCUUUGGAUCCUUUUUGGAUGUGACAUACGGAUUCCAGGGAAGUCCUCCAGAUACUCAUUUGGCUGAGAUUCUGAUGAAGACUUUGUUAAGAAACUUGGGGUUUUAUACGGAUCAAGCAUUUGGAGAGCUGGAAAAGAACAGUGACAAAAUAUUACAGGGGACAUCAUCGGCAGAGAACCGUCAACCUGCUCACCUGCAUGAACUCCUUUGUUCGCUACAGAAACAUCUGUUGGCAUAUUGCCACAUUAGCAGUAUCAGUGAGAAUUCCUGUAGUGUUGCUCUUUUACACAAACACCUCCAGCUGCUGCUUCCUCAUGCGACAGAGAUAUUUUCCCGUUCUGCAGUGUUGUUGAAGGAGAGUUCUUGGAAUGGAACUGUUAAAAAAAAACUUCGAGAUGUUAUCUACAUGUCUGCUGCAGGUAGUAUGCUUUGUCAGAUUAUAAACUCCUUGCUUUUGUUACCUGUCUCUGUGGCCCGUCCAUUGCUGAGUUUCUUAUUGGAUUUACUGCCUCCUUUGGAUCGUCUUAACAGACUCUUGCCAGCUGCUGGUCCUCUGGAAGACCAGGAACUCCAGUGGCCACUUCACGGAAAUCCUGAUAUUACUGAUCCUGCUGGUGUGCCUUUACCUUACCCUGCUCAAUCGUGGGUGUGGCUGGUGGAUUUGGAAAGAACAAUUGCACUAUUGAUUGGCUGCUGUCUUGGUGGCAUGCUUCAGGGAUGUCCAUUGUCACCUGAAGAACAGGACACUGCGUAUUGGUUAAAAACUCCACUUUUCAACAAUGGACUAGAAAUGGCCAUUCCACAGUUAGAAAAAGCUACGAGUUCACUGUUGGAGGCAGCCCUAUCAGAAAAUGAAGAACAGAAACCUUUUGACUAUGUGCUACACCCUGACAUUGCCAUUUUGGUUGAGCUAGCAAUGGGAACCAAGAAGGAACCUGCCAACAAUCUUUGGAUUAACAUGCAAGACUUUGCAUUAAGUAAAGAUUGGGACACCGCGACACUCAGCAGCGAGCCUUUGCUGGAUACUGUGUCCAGGUUUGUUCUUGCAGCUUUGCUGAAACACACAGGUUUGCUCAAUCAAGCUUGUACUGAAAGCAGGUACCAGCCUAGCAAAGCCCUUGCAGAAGUGUAUCGUGGUGUAUAUAAAGUUCGUAAUAGACUCCUGGCUUGUAAGAAUAUGGAACUUAUUCCAUCUCGGUCAUCUUCAAGGGAAGGGCGGAUGUCUGAAAACCUGGAAUCUGGUGAUGUAGAUCCCCAGGAACAUUCAUUUACCCGCACAAUUGAUGAAGAAGCUGAAAUGGAGGAACACUCGGAAAGGGAAAGGGAGGAAGGCCACCAAGAACAAGAUGAGGAUGAAGAGGAAAGGGAACAUGAGGUUAUGACUGCUGGCAAAAUUUUUCAAUGUUUUUUGUCUGCCCGUGAGGUAGCACGUAGUCGAGAACGAGAUAGAAUAAACGGUACAGUCAACAUUAAUAUUGGACAAAGUUCUAUUGAACAUGAGCUUCCUCAGCCUGUGCAAGAACAUCGGAUUAGUAUUGGCCUUCAGGAAGGCCAGGACCUUUAUACAGCAGCAUGCAAUUCUGUCAUCCAUCGAUGCACUCUACUAAUUCUUGGCAUCAGUCCAGUUAUGUCACAUCUUAAUGUGGAAGGCCUUGUACAUCAAACAGCAAGUGACAAUCAGGAAGGAGCAGUGCUAAUGACAAGGAGCGAGAGCCUGUCAACUGAGAACCGAUCUGUCCACACCAUUCCAAGUUGCAGACUUACAAAAUCAAGGAGUGAAUCUGACUUAUCCCAGCCAGAAUCUGAUGAAGAAGGAAGUGUUUUGAGUGCAAGAAGAAAUGUUGAACUGGAAUUGGGACCUACUCGUAAGAAAAAAGGAGCUCUGUCUUGUCAUGUGGAACAUUUUAGUGACUCUUGGGCUCGACUGAAGUGCAGUAGAGAUCGGUUGUACAGUUGCCCAGAAUAUUCCGUGGAUGAGACUGAUUUUAAUUCUAAUAAAUCCAUUGGUAUCCAUAUUCUUAAUGACAAUGUUGUCAGUUACGUGAGCGGUGAUUUAGCUAGCACACCAGGAUUUAAAGAUCCAGAAGAAAACAUGUUAACAAGCCCUCAGGCAAUUAUUAUUGCUUUGGAUCAGCAACAGCAAAGAGCAGAACUUCGUCUGGAGGCCCUUCACCAAAUUCUAGUGCUGCUGUCUGGAAUGGAGGAGAAAAGCAGCCAUUCAGCAGGAGUCUUUCACCAGGGCUCUGCCUUCCAGUCUUCCUCUUUGCUGACGUCAGUUAGACUGCAGUUUCUUGCAGGUUGCUUUGGACUUGGCACAGUUGGAAAUGUAGGAAUUAAGGGCGAGAAUGUCCAGCUUCAUCAUUAUCAGGAUGGUGUUAGAGGAGCCAAAAGAAGUGUUCAAAUGGACAUCCAAGCAGCAGUACAUAAGAUUUACCAACAGCUGUCUUCUACUCUGGAGAGGGCACUUCAGGCUAAUAAGCACCAUGUUGAAGCUCAGCAGCGCCUAUUAUUAGUGACAGUGUUUGCCCUCAGCGUGCGAUAUCAGCCUGUUGAUGUUUCUUUGGCUGUGUCAUCUGGUUUAUUGAAUGUUUUGGCACAACUUUGUGGCACAGAGGCCAUGUUGAGCCAACCAUUACAAUUGCUGCAGAAUCCAGACGUGUCACAACUUAGCACAGCUCUGAAAGUUGCAAGCACAAGACUGCUGCAGAUUUUGUCUAUUACCACUGGGACUUAUGCUGAUAAAUUGAGUCCUAAGGUUGUGCAGUCUUUACUGGAUUUAUUAUGCAGUCAGCUAAAGAAUCUGCUGUCGCAGGCUGGAGUGACAUUGAUGGUUUUUCGAGGAGGCAGUGAAGAGGAUGACACAGAUAAAAAACAGGAAGAAAUUGGAGAUCUUGAGAGGAAAGAUUUACGAGUGGCCCUGCGAAGGCAGCGAAUGGCAGAAUUACAGCUUGGUGAUUUCCUGGUGUUUCUACGCAGGGUUGUUUCAUCAAAAGCCAUUCAGUCUAGAAUGGCAUCUCCUAAAUGGACAGAAGUUUUGCUCAAUAUUGCUGCUCAGAAGUGCUCAGGAGUUCCCUUAGUUGGUAACCUUCGGACCAGGCUUCUUGCUCUCCAUGUCCUCGAAGCAGUGCUACCAGCAUGUGAAACCAGUGUUGAAGAUGACCAGAUGAUACAGGUUGUUGAAAGAUUGUUCACCCUACUCUCUGAUUGUAUGUGGGAGGCACCGAUUGCUCAAGCAAAACGAACAAUCCAGAUGAAAGAGAGAGAACAGCAAAUGAAGACCCAGAAAGCAAAUGAAUCAGAUGAAGAAGAUGAGAAUCUUCCUAUCCAAGAAGUGUCUUUCGACCCAGAAAAAGUUCAGUGCUGUGUGGUGGAAAAUGGCCAGAUCUUAUCACAUGGAAGUGGUGGAAAGGGAUAUGGUUUAGCCUCAACAGGAAUUUCUUCAGGGUGCUACCAGUGGAAGUUCUAUAUUGUAAAGGAAAACAGAGGUAAUGAAGGCACCUGUGUAGGAGUGUCCCGCUGGCCUGUUCAUGACUUUAACCAUCGCACAACAUCUGAUAUGUGGUUGUACAGAGCAUAUAGUGGGAACUUAUAUCAUAAUGGGGAGCAGACACUAACUUUAUCGAGUUUUACUCAAGGAGAUUACAUCACCUGUGUCCUUGAUAUGGAAGCCCGAACUGUUUCGUUUGCUAAAAAUGGAGAGGAACCUAAACUGGCUUUUGAAGAUAUAGAUGCAACGGAGUUGUACCCAUGUGUGAUGUUCUACAGCAGCAACCCUGGAGAAAAGGUGAAAAUUUGUGAUAUGCAGAUGCGUGGCACUCCUAGAGAUUUAUUACCUGGUGAUCCAGUCUGUAGUCCCAUACCAACAGUACUUGCAGAGGCCGCAAUACAGAUUAUUCGUAUCCUUCACCGUACUGACAGAUGGACACACUGUAUUAACAAAAACAUGAUGGAGCGGCUACACAAAGUGAAAACCUGUCUUCGAGAGGGAGGGCAGAAGUUAAAGAAAAGUCGUUCAGUGCAGAGUCGAGAAGAGCAAGAAGUAAAAGAAGAAAACAGAGAGGAAGAAAAAACAAGACAUGGUAAACAUGGGCUUGCUGAGCUUCCUGAUGUCCAUUUGAAAACCCUCUGUGUAGACGUUUGGCCUGUACUAGCAGUAAUUGGGGGAGUUGACAUGGGUCUUCGAGUAGGAGGAAGGUGUGUACACAAGCAGACAGGACGACAUGCCACUUUACUUGGAGUAGUGAAAGAAGGUAGCUCCUCUGCAAAGGUUCAGUGGGAUGAAGCAGAGAUUACUAUCAGCUUCCCAACUUUUUGGUCACCUAGUGAUACACCCUUGUAUAAUCUGGAGCCCUGUGAGCCGUUACUCUUUGAUGUGGCCAGAUUUCGUGGAAUAACAGCAUCCCUCCUGUUGGACCUCACAUACCUUACAGGCAUCCAUGAAGACUUGGGGAAACAAAUUACAAAGAGGCAUGAAAAAAAGCAUAGACUUGAAUCUGAAGAGAAGAGUGACAUUGAGUUAAAAGCUGAAAGUGAAUGCACUAAAGAAGUAACUGAUGUGCGCUUCAUUCAAGGUCCAGAGGAAAUGAAGGGUCAUGGGACCACUAGUUCCAAAUCAGAAAGUGAGAUUGCCUCUUUCUGCCUCGAGUCUGUAACACUGGGUUCAGAAUCUCAACCGUUUCAGACAGAUGGACGAAAAAAAACUCAUGAACAUAGUUUUCGAGGCUGUGAUGUUGUACAGUCAGAAAUCAGAGCAGUCCAACUCUCUUAUCUUUACUUGGGUGCCAUGAAAUCCUUAAGUGUUCUGCUCAGCUGCAGCAAAUAUGCUGAACUGCUUUUGAUCCCAAAAGUGCUAACAGAAAACGGGCAUAAUUCAGACUGUGGUGGUUCUCCAGUAAUUCAGGAAGAUGUGGAAAUGCGAGCUGCUCUUCAGUUCUUGAUGCGACACAUGGUAAAGCGAGCAGUCAUGCGCUCACCCAUCAAGCGUGCCUUGGGACUGGCUGACCUUGAGAGGGCACAAGCCAUGAUCUACAAGCUGGUAGUAAAUGGAUUGCUAGAGGAGCAGCUUGGUGGCAAACUGAAGCCAGCAGAAGCAGAUCAGCAGACCGAAGAAAGUGAUGGCAUCCAGCAGGCACAGACACCAGUGACUACUAGCCCAUCUGCAUCUAGCACCACUUCCUUCAUGAGCAGUUCAUUGGAAGAUACCACUACUGCCACCACACCAGUCACUGAUACAGAAACAAUGCCUGCUUCUGAAUCACCAGGUGUAAUGCCUCUUAGCCUUCUCAGACAGAUGUUUUCAAGUUAUCCAACCACAACCGUGCUUCCAACCCGUCGUGCCCAGACUCCACCUGUGUCUUCUCUGCCCACAUCUCCUUCAGAUGAAGUUGGACGGAGGCAAAGUUUGACAUCUCCUGACUCUCAGCCGACACGACCAUCAAACCGUACAGCAUUGUCUGACCCUAGCAGUCGGUUAUCAACUUCCCCACCACCUCCUGCCAUUGCUGUCCCACUGCUUGAAAUGGGAUUUUCUCUCAGGCAGAUCUCAAAAGCUAUGGAAGCUACAGGUACAAGAGGAGAAGCUGAUGCUCAGAAUAUCACUGUUCUAGCUAUGUGGAUGAUAGAACAUCCUGGCACUGAAGAUGAUGAAGAACCCCAGCAGCGUGGAACUGCAGAUUCUAGUCCAGGGGCAGGAGCAUCAGGAAGUAGUGUGAAAUCUAGAGAAGGUGCUUACCUGCAGUCUACAGCUGACCUUCCAGCAGUUGAUGCAUCAGAACUGGAGGAAGGCUUUAGUGAGAGCCCAGAGGGUGUGGAACAUGCCGACAAUGUACCAGCUAAUAGUGGGUCCAGUGUAAGAGGACGGUCAGCAGUUACCAGAAGGCAAAAAUUUGAUUUGGCAGCUCGAACAUUGCUAGCGCGAGCAGCUGGGAUUUACCGAUCAGUGCAGGCACACCGAAACCAGAGUCGAAGAGAAGGAAUUGCUCUUCAUCAAGACCCUGGUGUUCUUUAUGAUUUUAAUCUGGAUGAAGAACUAGAAAUUGACCUGGAUGAUGAAGCUAUGGAAGCAAUGUUUGGUCAGGACCUAUCUAGUGAAAGUGAUAUUUUGGGACUGUGGACACCGGAGGUAUUGGACUGGCCAACAUGGCAUGUUUGUGAAGUAGAGGACAGAGAUGAAGUAGUGGUCUGUGAACUGUGUGAUUCUAGUGUGGCUAAUUUCAAUCAGCACAUGAAAAGAAAUCACCCUGGCUGUGGGCGAAGCGCUAACCGUCAAGGUUACCGUAGCAAUGGCUCCUAUGUAGAUGGAUGGUUUGGAGGUGAAUGUGGCAGUGGGAAUCCCUACUACUUGCUAUGUGGCACCUGCAGAGAUCGUUAUUUGGCUGUGAAAAGCAAAGUAAAGACAUCGUCUUCGGAAAGGUAUAAAGGCCAGGCUCCAGAUCUCAUUGGUAAACAAGAUAGUGUAUAUGAAGAGGACUGGGACAUGCUGGAUGUUGAGGAAGAAGAGAAAUUAACUGGUGAAGAGGAGUUUGAGAUGCUGGCUGGACCACUGGGUUUAAGCGAACGUAGAGCCAUUCCAGAACCAGUUCAGUUCCCUGACACUGAUCCUUUGGGAGCCUCUGUUGCCAUGGUUACUGCCUCAAAUAGCAAGGAGGAAACACUCAUGCAGAUAGGUUACCUUGGCUCUGUAGAGAAAAGCUCAUCUGGGAGGAUAACGCUAGGUGAACAGGCUGCUGCACUAACGAAUCCACAUGAUCGUGUUAUGGCACUGAGAAGAGUGACUGCUGCAGCACAAGUCCUCUUGGCACGAACAAUGGUCAUGCGUGCAUUAUCUCUGCUUUCUGUUAGUGGUUCUAGCUGCAGCCUCGCAGCUGGUCUGGAGUCCCUGGGCUUAACGGAUAUUAGAACACUGGUUCGGCUUAUGUGUCUGGCAGCUGCAGGCAGAGCAGGCCUUUCUACUAGUCCAGCUGCUGCCCUGAGUUCUGCAACACGUUCACGUGUUCACAGCAAGACAAGCAAACCAAUUUCAUGCCUGGCAUACCUAAGUACAGCAGUCGGUUGCUUAGCUUCCAACAGUUCAAGUGCUGCAAAACUUCUUGUUCAGUUGUGCACGCAGAAUUUAAUCUCAGCCGCCACUGGAAUGAAUUUGACAACAGUAGAUGAUCCCAUGCAGAGAAAAUUUCUUCCUAGUUUCCUGAGGGGCAUUGCUGAAGAAAAUAAACUUGUGACAUCUCCUAAUUUUGUGGUAACACAGGCACUUGUUGCACUGUUAGCUGAUAAAGGAGCUAAAUUAAGACCAAGUUGUGAGAAGGCAGAAGCAGAAAGGAGAGGCCCUCUGGAGCUCGCAAAUGCCUUGGCAGCUUGUUGCCUCUCCUCAAGGCUGUCCUCUCAGCACCGGCAGUGGGCAGCCCAACAGCUGGUGAGAACUCUGGCAGCACAUGAUCGGGACAAUCAGAGCAGACCUCAAACCUUUGCAGAUAUGAGUGGAGAUCUUCGAAAAUGUUCUUCCAUCAAGCUGGAAGCUCAUCAAAACCGGGUUACCAACUGUGGAUGGUGCAACAAAAAAGGGCUUUUGGCAACUAUUGGGAAUGAUGGUACUGUUCGAGUGUGGAAUGUUACCAAAAAUCAGUAUACCUUACAACAAACAUGCGUUUUUAGUAAAGUAGAAGAAACAGCUGAUGAGAACUUGAGUACCCUGGGUUCCCCAAGUGAUCCUAGCUUAUUCCCUAUCUGCUGGAGUGUUAGUGGCAAGUAUCUUGCAGCAGCUUUGGAGAAGAGGGUGAACAUCUGGCUAGUAAAUGGUGGCAAAGGUCUUUUGGAUGUCCAACCCCAUUGGGUAUCGGCCCUGGCAUGGCCAGAAGAAGGUCCAGUAGCUAGCUGGGCAGGAGACACAUUGGAGGUUUUGUUGAUUGGCCGGAUUGAUGGAUCUCUGGGUCUAAUAGAAGUGGUUGAUGCCUCCACCAUGCACCGAUUGGAAUUGGAACAUUGCUAUCGUAAGGAUGUGGCUGUUACAUGCAUUGCCUGGUUCAGUGAAGACAGACCUUUUGCUGUUGGAUAUUCUGAUGGUAAACUCCUAGUUGGUAUGAAGGAGCCGACAGAAACUGGAACUGUUAUUCUGAUUGAUGCUCAUAGGGAAAGCAUCACAAGUAUGAAGUGGGAACCUGCAGGACAAAUCUUGCUGACAUGUGCUAAAGAAGAAGCUGUGAAAUUGUGGGUGAAUGGUUCUGGGAAUUGGCGUUGUACAUAUUCACUCUCUCACUCAUCCAUAGUGAAUUGCAUUUCCUGGUUUGAUCUCUCAGGGAAAGGAGAAAAUACAGACUUGAUGCUAGCCACUGGAUGCCAGAAUGGUUUGGUUUGCGUCUGGCUUGUUCCACAGAAAUUACCCAGCAUUUCCCAGUCAAGCUCUGUCAGCUCAGAUGGUUGGUGGGAUCGUGACUGCAGAAGUUGGAACAAGGAAGGAUACCACAGAACCAGAGAAGCCUGCUGUGUUUACCAACUGAAGGGACAUAUCACACCAGUGCGAACUGUAACUUUCAGCUCUGAUGGAUUAGCCGUAGUAUCAGGGGGUGUCGGGGGACUGAUGAACAUCUGGAGUAUGCGGGAUGGUUCAGUGCUGCAGACUGUCGUAACAGGGUUUGGUGCUAUACAGAACACCAUCUGGAUUCCAGAAGUUGGAGUGGCUGUCUGUUCAAACAGAUCUAAGGAUGUCUUAGUGGUGAACUGCACUUCUGAAUGGAUCAUCUCCAAUCAUGUCCUUGCAACUUGUAGGACUGCACUGAAAAAACAAGGAAUAGUGGGGUUAAACGUGGCUCCAUGUAUGAGAGCUUUCUUGGAAAGGCUUCCAUCAAUGUUACAGGAACAGUAUGCAUAUGAAAAGCCUCAUGUAGUUUGUGGGGACCAGCUUGUCCACAGCCCUUACAUGCAGUGCCUGGCAUCACUGGCAGUAGGCUUGAACCUAGAUCAGUUGCUUUGCAAUCCUCCAGUUCCGCCAUACCAGUGGGGUAGUCCUCCAGACCUUACAAUGUGGAAUCCUAAUGAGUGGGCCUGGUUAGAAUGUUUCUCUGCUACAGUUAAAGCUGCUGAAGCACUUGCUAAGGGUGAACCUUUUCCAGACUCCUUUUCAGUCCCUGAUUUGGAGCCAGUGCCAGAAGGUGAACUUGCACAUGUUAUGGAUAACAGUAAAUGGAUCCAUGGACUGGAUGAACAGAUUAUGUCAUGGGCCACAUCUAGACCAGAGGACUGGCAUCUUGGUGGUAAAUGUGAUGUAUUCCUCUGGGGAGCUGGUAGGCAUGGACAGCUAGCAGAAGCUGGUAGGAAUGUACUGGUUCCAGUGACUGCACCUUCAUUUUCCCAAGCUCAGCAGGUAAUUUGUGGUCAAAACUGCACCUUCGUCAUUCAGGCUAAUGGGACAGUGAUGGCUUGUGGAGAAGGCAGCUAUGGAAGGCUAGGACAAGGAAAUUCUGAUGACCUCCAUGUAUUAACAGUCAUUUCAGCCCUGCAAGGUUUUGUGGUCACCCAGCUGGUUACAUCCUGUGGAUCUGAUGGUCAUUCCAUGGCUUUGACAGAAAGUGGAGAAGUGUUUAGUUGGGGAGAUGGUGAUUAUGGCAAGCUGGGACAUGGAAACAGUGACAGACAGCGCAGACCAAGACAGAUUGAGGCACUUCAAGGCGAGGAAAUUGUGCAGAUGUCUUGUGGAUUUAAACACUCUGCAGUUGUGACAGCAGAUGGCAAGCUAUUCACCUUUGGCAAUGGGGACUAUGGUAGAUUAGGCCUAGGCAACACUUCAAAUAAGAAACUUCCAGAAAGAGUGAUGGCAUUGGAGGGUUACCAGAUUGGACAGGUUGCCUGUGGCUUAAAUCACACUCUGGCUGUGUCAGCUGAUGGACUGAUGGUCUGGGCCUUUGGUGAUGGAGACUAUGGGAAACUCGGUCUGGGAAAUUCCACAGCUAAGUCAUCUCCACAGAAAGUCGACAUUCUGUGCGGUAUUGGAAUAAAAAAGGUUGCUUGUGGCACUCAGUUUUCAGUUGCUCUGACAAAAGAUGGCCAUGUUUAUACCUUUGGGCAAGAUCGUUUAAUUGGUUUGCCUGAGGGACGAGCAAGAAACCAUAACCGACCACAACAAGUCCCUGUUCUUGCUGGCAUCUUCAUUGAAGACAUAGCUGUUGGAGCUGAACAUACAGUGGCUUUGUCAUCUACUGGUGAUGUUUAUGCAUGGGGCAGUAAUUCUGAAGGACAGCUUGGACUGGGUCACACCAACCAUGUCAGAGAACCUACGCUGGUUACUACACUUCAAGGAAAGACAGUUCGACAGAUUUCAGCUGGUCGAUGCCAUAGUGCUGCAUGGACAGCACCUCCUGUUCCUCCAAGAGCACCAGGUGUGUCUGUGCCUCUGCAGCUGGGCCUUCCUGAUUCUGUCCCACCUCAGUACAGCAGUCUGAAAGAGGAAAUUAUGGAAACUAUACGAGCUAGACUUCGGCUUUUGUACCACUUUUCAGAUCUGAUGUAUUCCUCCUGGAGAUUACUCAAUCUUAGCCCCAAUAAUCAGAGUGGUGUGUCUGUCUAUAAUGCUGGAACAUGGGGAAUUGUGCAAGGACAGCUCAGACCUCUGCUUGCUCCAAGGGUCUACACACUGCCAAUGGUCCGCUCCAUAGGCAAGACAAUGGUUCAAGGCAAGAAUUAUGGUCCUCAGAUCACAGUAAAGAGAAUAUCCACCAGAGGCAGGAAAUGCAAGCCCAUCUUUGUGCAGAUAGCAAGGCAAGUUGUGAAAUUAAAUGCCUCCGAUCUACGUUUGCCAUCCCGUGCUUGGAAGGUGAAGUUAGUAGGAGAAGGAGCAGAUGAUGCCGGUGGAGUCUUUGAUGACACAAUUACAGAGAUGUGCCAGGAACUGGAAAGCAGUAUAGUAGACUUGCUUAUUCCUUCUCCAAAUGCGUCUGCUGAAGUAGGAUACAACAGAGACAGGUUCCUCUUUAACCCUUCAGCCUCUUCAGAUGAACACCUCAUGCAGUUCCGGUUCCUUGGAAUACUAAUGGGCGUUGCAAUUAGGACCAAAAAACCUCUGGAUCUUCACUUGGCACCAGUCAUCUGGAAGCAGUUGUGUUGUAUACCAUUAACUGUGGAAGACUUGGAGGAAGUGGACCUUCUUUAUGUGCAAACUCUUAAUAGCAUUCUUCAUGCAGAAGAUGGUGGAAUAACUGAGGACAACUUUCAUGAGAUGAUCCCUCUCGAUUCAUUUGUUGGUCAAAGUGCUGAUGGAAAAAUGGUUCCCAUAAUUCCAGGAGGAAGUAGCAUUCCACUGACUUUCUCAAAUCGGAAAGAGUAUGUGGAGAGAGCAGUAGACUACCGGCUUCAUGAAAUGGAUAGACAGGUGGCAGCAGUACGAGAGGGCAUGUCUUGGAUUAUCCCUGUGCCUCUUCUGUCUCUCCUUACUGCCAAACAUCUAGAACAAAUGGUGUGUGGGAUGCCAGAAAUCUCUGUAGAUGUUUUGAAGAAGGUAGUACGCUAUCGAGAAGUGGAUGAACAGCACCAGUUGGUACAAUGGUUUUGGCAAACAUUAGAAGAAUUUUCCAAUGAGGAGAGAGUCUUGUUUAUGAGAUUUGUUUCUGGACGCUCCCGCCUGCCCGCUAACCCAGCAGACAUUUCUCAAAGGUUCCAAAUCAUGAAAGUUGAUCGGCCUUUUGACAGCUUGCCUACCUCACAGACCUGUUUCUUCCAGCUGAGACUCCCACCUUACUCCAGUCAGCCAGUAAUGGCAGAGAGGCUACGUUAUGCCAUCAAUAACUGCCGCUCAAUUGACAUGGACAAUUACAUGCUCUCACGCAAUGUUGAUAAUGCAGAGGGUUCUGACACAGACUACUGAAUGAACAAAGUCAAAUUGUUUCUGCAGCAAAAAAAAAAAAAAAAGCCUGGUGCCGAAUGGAAUGUUGUUACAGACAACUCUUUUAUAGUUACAUUAGAUGUUUUAAUGACAUACUCAAACAUGCAGAGGGUUCCCCACAGUUUUAAUUAUUUUAAAUAUAUCUAAAAACAAAACAGAAAAUGGUUCCCAUAAAUAGUUGUUUUUAUUUUACAUAUUAACUUGGACUUUUUGAGCAGGCAACAAAUUGUUUUCAGAGUAAUUUUCCUCCAUCUUUGGUCAUGUUUUCACGUUUGCAUGAAAGACAUUGGUGCAUUAUUCUUAGUAAUGGUCUUUUGUUUAAACUUCCCUGUGGGGAAGAAAGAUAGUUGUAUAUUGUGUAUAAUUGUUCAUCAAAGAGGGCAGUUUUACAUGAAAUAUUCAUAUAUUUAUUUUUGUGUUAAUUUGACCUGCCUGUGCUGAGUACCUGAUGCAAAAGCAAAGAAAAAAAAAUAAAAUGCUGGUAAAAAAAUAA